AUGACUUCCCACAAUAACAACAACACCACCUCCUCACCACACCAAUCUGGCCUGUCCGCCCUCUGGAGUCACUACAGAGGCUCCCCCUCCCACCUGGACAAUGACGACAGCAGCAGCGCCGUUAUAGUCGACGAUCACGACCACACCAACCACAACCACCUUGCUAUUCCCACCACCGCAGACGACGACACAACGCCCCUCCUCUCCCGCCAAUCUGACUCCAGCCGUCUCUCACUCGUAGGAAGCUACCGCCGCCCCUCGUUCACGUUUGGAAACGCUCGUCCCUCGUUCGUGCCGGGUUCCUCGAUACCAACUGAGUCAGGCUUCCUGAACAGGGCUGAGAUCGCAGACAUGGUGGCCGAAGAGCAGAGCUUGUUGAAGGAUAACCAUAUUGUAUCCCCCCACUAUGGCACGCUAGCAUCGCGGCCGGCGUCGAUGGCGUGUGAGGAACGUGGCGAGGUGCCAAAGUGGGAUGAGGCCGUUGCGAGUGGCAUGGUACACACGACCUUGACGUUCGCGUCGUUAUUCUCAGCAGGCAAUUUGGGCAAGGAUGAGCUGGCGGCGGUGUUGCUGGCCACAAUGACGGCGAAUAUCACAGGGUAUGCAGUAUAUCAAGGAUUGAGUACGUCGUUGGACACACUAUGCGCACAGGCGUAUGGAUCAGGAAAUAAAACUCUCAUUGGUCUGCAUUUGCAGAGAAUGAUUUGUUUUCUUAUGUGUAUAACUGUGCCGGUUAUCAUCAUCUGGCUAUUCUCUGAGGAGAUUCUCACCUUCCUAAUUCCAGAACCUGAGCUGGCCGUGUUGGCUGGAAGGUAUUUGAGAAUUCUCACAAUUGGAGCCCCAGGAUAUGCUUGCUUUGAGGCGGGAAAGAGGUUCGUACAGGCACAAGGUAACUUUACCGCCUCGACCUAUGUGCUCUUGUUCUGUGCUCCCUUCAACGCAAUUAUGAACUAUAUUCUCGUCUGGCACCCCAAAUAUGGCUUUGGCUUCUCUGGUGCUCCGACCGCCGUGGUAAUCACCGAUUGGAUGAUGCCCCUCCUCCUUUUGCUCUAUGUCCGCUUUGUCGAUGGCUACGACUGUUGGGGCGGCUUCACCCGCAAGGCCCUCAUCAACUGGUGGCCAAUGAUCAAGCUAUCUCUCCCGGGUCUCGUCAUCGUCGAAGCCGAGUUCAUCGCCUUCGAGUUGCUCACCCUCCUCGCAUCCUACUUUGACACCGCCCAUCUCGCCGCCCAAUCCGUCCUCGUCACCGCAACAAGCAUCGCUUUCCAGCUCCCCUUUGCCCUCUCAAUUGCCUCCUCCACGCGCGUCGCCAACCUUCUCGGUGCUACCCUCGAAGACGGCGCCAAAACCGCUGCCUACGCCGGCUUUAUCGCAAGCAUCUUCCUCGGCAUAGUCAACCUCCUGUUCAUGAUCUCCGCGCGCGGCUGGUUUGUCCACCUGCUCACGCAGGAUCCCGAGGUCAUUGCAUACGUGGUCAGCGUGAUGCCGGUCACGGCACUUUUUCAGGGCUUUGACGCAAUUGCGUCCAUGGGCGGCGGGAUCCUGCGUGGACAGGGAAGACAGCAUAUCGGCAGCUAUAUCAGCAUUGUUGCGUACUACUUCUUGGCCAUCCCAAUAUCGGUCAUCACGGCGUUCGUGUUUGGGUGGGAGCUGUAUGGCCUGUGGAGCGGUGUUGCGGUUGCGCUGAUUUUUGUGGCAAUUAUUCAGACGACGAUUGUGCUUAGGACGGACUGGAAGAAGGUGGUUAAUGAUGCGGCGGCGAGGAUCGAGGGGGCGUAG